AACCUGCUGCCCAAGGCGUGCAGGGCAGCCCACGAUGCGUCCGCCCCACUUGCUUCUGCUGCUCCUCACGCGGGCCGCAGCCAACUCCUGCGCGGCCGCCCGUGCGGGGGUGACUACCUGGUGGGACACAAACGCGGAGUUGUACGCCGACGACGACGAAAGAUUGCGGGCGUACCUCGCGUCCGACGAGUAUGCCGACUACGUGAUCGCCUGGCAGUCCUACUGGGAUGGGCUCCGGCAGUGCGGCGAGGACCACUGCAAUGGAUUCAUGGAAGACAACCCGGACUAUUUCUUUGCGCAAGACACCUGCGAGGAGAUCCAGGCGGAACCCGAGAUCGCCGAGAGCUGCGCGACGUGGUCCGCGGAGUGCAACGGCGGGUGCAUCGCCGAACUCGAGGCCUGGUACGGCUGCGCGUUCGCUGGCUGCGGCAUCACCUGCGGUUUUGGAAAGGGCAAGAAGAAGGACGAGCCCGACGCCGCCUCCGCGGCCGUUAUGGACUUUGUGGCCUUUUUCGUCCUCGGGUCGCUCGCCCUCGCGACGCUGGCCGGCGCCGCCUGCGCCCGCGGCGCCGCGCCCUACGACGUCGUCGGCGAGAACUUGCUCGUCGUGCUCCUGGCCGUCUUCAACCUGUGCGGCGACGCGGCCAUGUCCAUAUUAAUAAAACGCAAGCUCAACAACACGAUGUGGCUCGUGUGCGUGGGCGUCAUCUGCGCGCCGCUCGUCGUCCACGUAAUUGCGAUCCUGGACGCCUGGCUCUACCGUGCGGAUUUGACCAAGCUCACGAAGUGCAACAAGGCCGUUGUCGCAUUAGCGCUAUUUUUUUCGCUGCCUGCUUUAGAUGGAUUGGCGCUCGCGCUGCCGUGGCCCGACCGCGCGCACGAGGGCUUUCCCACGGCGCGCUACUCCAAGGCGAGUUUGGUCAGGGCCGGCCAGGACGCGGUCAUGCUCCUCCUCAAGCUCGUCUUCUACCAAAGUUAUGCCGGCUUCUCAGCGCUGGCCAUGGUGCUCUCGGUCUUCUCGCUGGUUUCUUUGGUUUUGCACGCGCGGCGGGCCCAGAAGAUCUGGCCCGAGAUUUUUGUAAGAAACCGGAACCGUGACACGCGUAGUGACACGGAGAUGACGCGGGCCGUCGCGGUGCCGGAGGUGCCCAUGGCCACCGCCGUGCCGGCGGGCGACGUGCCGCUGCCGGCCGUGCCCAAGUCGCCGCCCGCGCCCGCGCCCGCGCCGCCGCCCGCGCUUUCGUCCUGGGAGGACCAGAGCUUCGCCGGCGACGUCGCGGCGCCGCCGCCCACGGCGCCGCCAGGGCCCGCGCCGGCGCCGCCGCCCGCGCCUCGGCCGGCGCCGCUGCCGGCCGCCAAGCCGGAGCGGCCCGCCGGCUGGCGCCCGCCGCCGCCGCCGCCGCGCGCCGCGCCGCCGGCCGAGCAGGCGCCCACGCCCGCCGGCCAGGUCCGCGUCGUCGCGGCCGCCUUCGUCCCGUCGGAGGACUGGCAGCUCGCCUGCGCGGCCGGCGACCGCGUCACCGUCACGACGGAAGACGACGGCCUCGGCUGGGUCGAGGUCGUCCGCGAGGCCGACGGCGCGAAGGGCCUCGUCCCGCUCUCGUACCUGACCGCCGAAUAGUUUCGUCUAUUCGCCGUUUUUGCGCGUACUCUAUACAUAAGGG